AUGACUCCUACAAACUCGAAGCUUACAAACAACACUCCUCAGUCAGAGGAAGUUACUCAGCCCUCGCAACAACAACUCGCCAGCCCUGUCCAAGAGAUCGUUCGACAGGUUCCUCAACAGCCACUACAAAGCCCCCCUGGCUUGAGCCACGGACAAGAUCGAUCCCUCAUGCCACCGCCAAAUGAGCCUCCUCACCCCCAGUCGUUGAUCCCCGAGGUGCUCAUAUCGAGGGACACCAUCGAGUAUGUUGGCUUCACACCCCAGGCGGCAGCCAAGAUGUGGAACGCCUGGGUAGAAUGGCCUAGAGGACUUGUCCGGCGCGAGAUAGACCCUGACGACGGAAGGCCAUACAUUACAUUUUUGGAAUUCAUGAUCAGACACAUCGUCUAUGCCGAAGACGCUACCAGCUCAGAAGCGCAUAAAUGGGACAGCUGUAUGGAAAGAUAUGGCUUUUCCAAAAGCAUGCAGGAGUCUGUCAGGCAAUUCGCCGGACAUCCUCAACUUGCCCAAGUUAAUUGCUCGUACUGGUCAAAGAUGAUCGUCCUUUUGCACUACGAGGUGCUUCAGGGAUUGCAGCGGACCUGUCCGCUACAUAUGAUCCGACCUGACCGUACGCGGCAUCGCGCUCUCCCUCUCAGAUUCAGGAGGUGA